GGUCGCGCUCCAACGCCCAGAUCCCUCCCAUUUCCGGAAAAGAAAGAUUCCGUGGAGGAAACGAUGGUGGCGAGCGAGACGAGCCGCAGGGCGGAGGCGGCGGAGCGGAGCAUCCCGGAGGAGGCGCGGCGCCUGCUGCACGAGCUGGCGGCAGGGUGGGACGACGUGGCGGACUGCCGGGCGCUGGAGGUGGUCCCGCUCAAGGGGGCCAUGACCAACGAGGUCUACCAGGCGCGGUGGCCGCUGGCGGCGCCCGCCGCCGCCGGCGAGGCGGCGAGGAGGAGGAAGGUGCUGGUGAGGGUGUACGGGGAGGGCGUGGAGGUCUUCUUCGACAGGGAAGCCGAGGUGCGCACGUUCGAGUGCAUGUCGCGGCACGGCCACGGCCCGUGCCUCCUCGGCCGCUUCCCCAACGGCCGCGUCGAGGAGUUCAUCCACGCCAGGACACUCUCAGCUGCUGACCUGCGUGAUCCAGAGAUUUCAGCUAUUAUAGCCUCAAAGUUGAAGGAAUUCCACAACCUUGAGAUGCCUGGUCCAAAAUCUGUGCUCAUUUGGGACAGACUAAGGAACUGGCUCAAAACUGCCAACAAUCUAUGCCCCUCUGACGAAGCCAAGGAGUUCUGUUUGGGUAGCAUGGAGAAGGAGAUCGCUGUGUUAGAAAAUGAACUUUCAGAGGAUUGCCAGUGUAUAGGAUUUUGCCACAACGAUCUCCAGUAUGGCAACAUCAUGAUUGAUGAAGAGACCAAAUCGUUGACAAUCAUUGACUAUGAGUAUGCAAGCUUUGGCCCAGUUGCUUAUGACAUUGCAAACCAUUUCUGCGAGAUGGCUGCAGACUACCAUUCAGAAAGGCCUCACAUACUGGACUACACUAAAUAUCCAGAUAGCGAUGAGCGAAAGCAAUUUGUGCAGAGCUACCUGAGCUCUUCAGGUGAGGAACCUGAUGAAGAGAACGUCAAUAAUCUGAUCAAAAGUAUUGAGAAGUACACCUUGGCUAGCCAUCUCGUUUGGGGCCUCUGGGGAAUAAUUUCGGAACAUGUCAAUGAUAUUGACUUCGACUACAUGGAGUAUGCGAGGCAGAGAUUUCAGCAGUACUGGCUGAAGAAGCAUUCAAUCCUUAGCAUGUCAGGUCGUUGAAUAAGCACCUGCAUCAGGUUGUAUCCUCUGGUACUGGUAGCCACCAAACGCAUGGAUGUCUGUACAUAGGAUGCGAAGGGCUUAACCAGAGAUCAGUGAGAUCCAGGAUUCUGUUGUCCUUUUAUAGCUGUUGGGUUGUUCAUAAUCUGGAAGGGAGAGAAGUUAAUAAACCUCAGGUCGUUUAAUUUGUUGGCAGAAGAUAUGGUCACCUUUAGACUUGAGUGAUUCUUGACUGGCUAGUGAUGUUUUGUUUCUAUGGGUAUCAUGGUAUAUAUGAUCACUCAAUUCUCUGCCCAACCUUGCUUACAGCUUAUUUGCUCCAACUGAAGAACAGAAGAAAUUUGUGGGCACCCUAGCAAAUGUGCAUCAAGUUUUGUUUCUAUGGGUAUCAUUGAACAACAAACGUGCAUCUCUCUAGAUAAUAAUGAAUGAGGAACAUAAUCAAUUAA